AUGGCAAUGAGUUCGGGUAUCGUUUCUGCUGCUGAGUUCGAUGUGCGCGAAGAUGAGGAACAGCUGGCGAAAUUGCAGGAUAUUAUUGAUCUUCUCGUCGCCGCAGGCUAUUUUCGCGCACGAAUUAAAUCCAUACCUCCGUUUGACAAGGUUUUUACUUAG